AUAGAAAACUAAAAAACAAAAAUAAAAUCUCAGAUUUACCCAUACCUUAUCGCCCUUAUAUAGCAGAGACAAAAUGAGCCGUUGUCCUUUGUAAACUUAUUUCUUCCUCCCAACAAGAAGUAGAAUAACUAACUUGGGUCUCACAAAUACUGAAAUGCAUUGAUGGAGGAAGAUUCUGAUUCUUGUACCCCCAUUUUUCUCAAUCAAGAUUCAAGGCUGAUAUCCUUUGGAACAGUAUGAUCUCCUGGUUGCUGAGAAACUUUUUGCAUUCUUCAAUACCAUGAAGUUUACAUGUUUAAGUGAGGGCAAGGGAUAUCAUUUCCCACCAUGCCAUAUAGUUAAUAUAUGUGGUUUUCGGGUGUUAAUUGAUUGCCCUUUGGACCUUUCAGCACUUGCCGUAUUUUCUCCGCUUCCAACUGUUAUUUCUAACCUGUUUGAUGAAAAAACAUCAAAUGAUGGAGGCCAAUGUUCAUCAAAUUCAGAGUCCGUUAGACAGGAAGUUGCAGAGUCUUUUGAUUCCAAAAGUUUGAUACAGGCUGAGCCUUGGUAUAAAACUGUGAAAAGCUUGCAGCUUUGGAGUGUUCAUUCCCUGGAUGUGGUACUAAUCUCAAGUCCGACGGGUAUGCUCGGGUUACCAUUUCUUACCCGAAACAAAGACUUCAGAGCAAAGAUAUAUGCAACGGAAGCAGCUUCCAGACUAGGGGAACUGUUGAUGGAGGACCUCGUGUCCAUGCAUAUGGAGUUUAGACAAUUCUAUGGACCUGAAGAAUUUGGUUGCCCUCAAUGGAUGGCAUGGGAAAAACUUGAACUACUUCCUAUGGCACUAAAGGAUAUUGUUUUAGGCAGUGAAGGGACAGAACUUUGUGGAUGGAUGUCCAUUUACAGUGCAGCCGAUAUAAAGGGUUGCAUGGAGAAGGUUCAAUCUGUUAAGUAUGCUGAAGAAGCCUGCUAUAAUGGCUCAUUGACCAUAAAGGCAUUGAGUUCUGGUUUGGAGAUAGGUGCUUGUAAUUGGAAUAUUCUAAGUCCAAGAGGAAGCAUUAGUUAUCUUUCUGGCUCAGUUUUUGCAUCAACAACUGCAACCGGUUUUGAUUACAAAGCUCUUAAAGGAAGUGAUAUUCUAUUAUAUUCAGACUUCACAGACUGCAAUGAUGUUGAUAGCGAAAAGAACAAUUUCCCUCUUGCUACUGGCGGCUGUUCCUAUUCAAGCGAUAUUGGUAGUUGUUCGGAAACAAUUAUUGAAUCCUGGAUUGAUUCAAGCGAGUACACCAGAGAGAUGGAAACGGUAUCUUCUAUAUGUUCAUGUGCUUUGGAAACUAUUAGUGAUGGAGGUUCAGUCCUUAUUGCCAUUGGACGGCCCGGAGUCAUGUUGCAGCUGUUGGAGGACAUGUCACUUUCACUAGACUCUUCAAAUUUGAAGGUUCCUAUAUAUUUAGUUUCUUCUGUGGCGGAAGAGUUAUUGGCAUUUUCCAAUAUCAUACCUGAAUGUCUGUCCAGUCAACGGCAAGAAAGAUUCUAUUCUAAGCCUGGGCCGCUAUUCACUCAUGUUCAGCUGUCAAAUGAGAAAAAGCUCUUGGUAUCUCCCGCAAUACAUUCAUCGAAAUUCCUAACAAGUUGGCAGGAACCUUGCAUAGUAUUCUGUCCUCACUGGAGUCUGCGACUUGGGCCUGUCGUCCAUCUCCUUCAACGUUGGUGUCAAGAUCCCAACUCAUUGCUUCUUAUGGAGGAAGGAUAUGAUAUCAAUUUGGCUUUCUUGCCUUUUAAGCCGAUGUCAAUGAAGUACGGUUUAUGUUCAUUCAUCUCUGGGAUGAAGCUACGGAAAGUCAUACCUUUACUAAAGAUACUACAACCUAAACAUGUGCUGGUUCCUGAGAGCUUGAGGCCCCAUAUUAGCUGUUGCAAUCCCAACUUUUCAGUCUGUUAUUUCUCUGAAAAUGAAACUGUAAUUAUGCCUAAGUUGAAAAGUUAUGCAGAUAUGGACAUUGCCAUGGAUUCGGAUUCGAAGGAAAAAGAAGAACAAUAUAUUGCAAAAUUAAAGGGAGAGUUACUCGUUGAGCAGGGAAAACAUCGGCUUGUUCUUGAAAACAAGCUAGUGCUUUCUCUACAAGUUAAGGGUAGAGUUGACUUGGACUCCCUUCUGACGGCUUUACAGAAGAUGGGGAUGAAAGUAACUGCAGAGCAUGCCCAGAGUACUGAUGGACCAGAAAAUGUAUCAAUUGUAUACAUCUCGGAGCCCAAAGAAGCCUUGAUAGAGAUUACACCAACUCGGACCAUGAUAAGCGUUGCUGAUGAGACUACAUCUUCCCUGGUUUCUGAGGCUGUUCGUAGCACUUUAGUUUGUUUCUAAUUAAAGAUGCCCUUAUAUGUACCUAGAUGCCAAUUGUAUUAACCAGUUUUUAGCUUUGAGGAGAAAAUGAUUGUAUUAACCAGUUUUUAGCUUUGAGAUGAAAAUGAUUUUCUUAUAAACAAAGUUGAAAUGCCAAAGUAGUUUGUACCAGAUAAAUAACUAUUCCAUUUUGGAGUCAUUUUUCUGAUAAAUUAUGUAAACAUGUGCUAGUUGGGUUUAUUCCACAAAAUUAUGUAAACAUGUGUCCGGACCAGUUUUCGCACGUCUCGAAAUGCUACCUCUCUGAAACCAGCUCUAAUUUCUAUAAUUUUUUUUAUAACUGCGGUGUUUGGGCAGCUUUUGAGUAUCCCGAAACGCUAUUUAUCUGAAAACUGCUCUAAUUUCUACAAUUUUUUUCAAGGUUGGUUUUCUUGGAAGAGCUCACGAAGUGAAAAGGCGUUUUACGAGAAUUUUUUGAUGGAAUUUCAAUAACAAGGACACCCAGAAUAUACAAAGAAUUUAGGGAUUUCAUCAUUACAUCCUACCGUGAAGAAGUGGGGUUUGAUUAAUUCUGACCCAGGUAAUGUGGCGGCAGCGGUUAGUGGUGUUGCGGAGGAAGAGGAUAAGGAGGAUGAUAAGUGGAGGAUUAGGGUUGAAGAAGGGCCCCACAUGGGGUUAGGGUUGUGGCAGCUCCGCAUUCUUUGAAAUCACUGGUACCUGUGAGGGAACCAGUGGUUAUUGGGGAUGGAGGUGGUGGUGGUAGGGUGGAUGGUGUAGUAAAGGUGACGUCUUUGGCGUUGUAUUCGGAUGUUUAUGGGGAGUUGGUGGGGGUGGAGAAGAAGGCAAGUGUGGUGUGUGAGAGCUGUAAAGUGCAAUGUGCUUCGGGUUAUUAUGAGUACAGCAAGGAUGCGAGCAUUAAUUUAUUCGAGAAACGUUUUAAAAGUGGUAAUUAUGACAAGAACAAAUUGGUUAUUAUAGAUGAAGCUGGCCAAGCAAUUCAACCAUCGUCUUGGAUACCAAUCUUGCAGGAGAUCAAUUCCAGCUUGCUCCUGUAAUCCUUUCUAGGAAAGCCUUAGAAGGUGGUCUUGGAGUUCCACUACUGGAGAGGGCAGCGACUUUGCAUGAUGGGAUGCUGUCGACAAAUUUACAACACAGUACAGAAUGAAUGAUGCCAUAGCUAUCUGGGCUUCAAAGGAGAUGUAUGGUGGAUCUUAACAUCAUCUCCAGCUGUUGCUUCUCAUCUACUGGUGGAUUCUCCUUUUGUCAAGCCCACAUGGAUUACUGUGUCCGCUGUUAUUGCUUGAUACGAGAAUGCCUUACGGAAGUUUAUCAGUUGGUUGUGAAGAGCAUCUGGACCCUGCUGGCACCGGCUCCUUUUACAGUGAAGGGGAAGCAGAUAUCGUUGUUCAACAUGUAUUCAGUUUAAUUUAUGCUGGUGUUCCUCCUGCAGCCAUUGCUGUACAGUCUCCUUACGUCGCUCAAGUGUAACUACUUCGAGACAAGAUUGAUGAGAUUCCAAUGGAUACUGGUGUUGAUGUUGCAACUAUUGAUAGUUUUCAAGGUCGUGAAGCGGAUUCUGUGAUUAUAUCCAUGGUGCGAUCAAACAAUUUGGGGUCCGUUGGCUUUUUAGGGGACAACAGGCGAAUGAAUGUUGCAAUAACAAGGUAGCGCAAGCAUGUAGCAGUCGUCUGUGACAGUUUAACUAUAUGCCACAACACAUAUUUAGCCAGGCUGCUUCGUCAUAUUAGAAUAUUUUGGCAAAAUAAAGCAUGUUGAACCUUGCAGCUUCUGGGAAUUUGGCCUUUGUAUGGAUCCAAUGCUGCCUACUACCAGUUAACUUUGAAAGAGUUCCACACCACCAAAUUUUCAAUGCUUCUGUCCAACCCCUGGCUGACUAGGCGGACGCUCAGAUACAUUGUUGCUCUUGUUCGGUCUACAGAUUAUAUAUUCAGGUGCUUCAAGCAAUUCAGAUUUUUGACCAAAAGGGCAAACACGGGGUAAUUUUCAUUUGUAUAUAUAAAUAAUUCAAAGAACAACUUUGUGAAAAGUGUAAAUGUAUAUAUAUUCAUACAGCUCCAAUGUCUAUACGAUUCUUGAUUGUUUAGCUCAUGUUAAUGAUUUUCCUUGUAUUUGAAUCAGCA